UCAGUGUUAAUUUAACAAAGUAUUUUUGUUUGUUUUACUUGUAAAAAUCUUGUGGUUUAUGUUGUAAAUAUCGCGAAGUAAAUUUGCCGUGUGUUUCACCACGUGGUAAAUUCCAAUGCCUCAGCAAUAUGGAGUCGUAAAUGAAUUGCGACACCAUAGGUCUCAAUUACUAUGUCUGCAGUGAGAUCCAUAAUACUAUUGGGAUUGCCAGGCUUGGCUAUUGUUCUGGGUAUUUUGUGGUACAGGAAGAGAAAUCCACAUCUUUCAGAUCCAGGUGGAUCAAAGAAGAAACUUGACAAAGAAGUAGUUGAAAGCAUUGCUGAAAAAUCAUUCGAAAGCGAUAAAUCUAAACAACUAGAGGUUAUCAUUGAGGAAAACUUAGGUAAAACUGAAAAACCAGAAUUGAAUAAGUCUUUGCCUAUAGAUAUACCUGUUGGAUCUCCAGUUGAAUUGACUGACGACCAACUAGAUAUUGAGAUCCUUAAAAUUCAGUCACAAAAAUCACAAGAAAAGGAUUAUUGCUUCAAUCGUGUGCCAAAAUCUAUCAGCUUGGAAAAGAAGGAAACUUUAUUUGAAAGACCUGAAGAAAUGACCAGAGAAAAAACUAACAAAUCUCAAGUAAUUGAUAAGGCUGAAGCGUCAUCAGAAAUUAAUAAAGCAGUAGUUGAGGCCAAAAUUGAAAAUACUGACAAUCAACCAGAAAUUAAGGAAGAAGUGUCAAAAAACAUUGAGAAAGAAAAUCUUAAGGAAGAAGUAGAAAAAGUUGAAUCAGAAAUAGUUAAAAGUGAAUCAUUAAAACCUGAAUUGAAUAUUCAGAAAGAACAAGCCAUGGCUGAAGAGAAAGAAGAUAUUUUCACCAGCAAAACAAUUGAAAGUCUUGAAAAAAUCAAUAUCUCCGAAAAAAUGACUUCUGUGGAAUCUGAACCGAAUAAAGUGGUUGAAGAUAAUGAGAGAAAUGAUUGGUCAGAGGAAUUGUGUGAAUUAGAAUGCCAAACUGAAAACACUGAAAAUAUAAAUACUGAGAACAUUAGAGAUUCAGCGUAUCACAGCCCUACAGAAAAUAUGUCUAGCAGUCCUCAACUAAGUGCAUAUUCUGAUAGACACAGCGAGCAUUCUGAGGAUAGUGGAAAAGGUUCUUCACCCAGAAGUGAGCUUGCAACAACUUAUGAGUUUAUUAUACCACAGACUUGUGUUGGUCGUUUGAUUGGAAGAAAUGGUGUUUUUGUCAACAAAAUAAAAAGUUUUACAGGAGCAAAUAUACUUAUUAAAAACCAUCCAGAAAACUUAUCAAAAUACAAGAUAUGUGCCAUAGAUGGUCUUCAAACAGAAAUUGAUGCUGCAUUGGUUAUGAUUAGAGAGAAAUUCCCUGAAAAGAAAUACCCCAAUCUUACUUUACAAAGAGUGAGUUUUCCUCCGGCAGUAUUAACACCUGAAAUAUCACCUGAAUGCGUUUCGUUGCAACUGAUCGAGGGUGUAAAUAAUGACUGUACAGUGAGCUGUGUUUUAAAUGGUGGAAUAGUAUCUUUGCAGCAGCCUUUACAUCCAUCAUUUCCUAGUUUAAGUUUAUUACAAUGCUGCAUGGCACAAACAUAUUCUCAAAAUGAUAAUCCUAGACUACCUCUACCAGUUAAAGCUGGUAUGGUAUGUGCUUGUCCAUUAGAUUGUCAUUGGUAUAGAGCUCAAAUAACUAAUGUUUUUGAGCCAAAAAAUAAUGAUUUGAAUGAAAAGAGUGAGCAGACUGAACAAACUGAGCAGACUGAAGAUUAUCAAGUUGAAUUAAGAUUAGUUGAUUAUGGAAGCAGAGUUGUAACGGAAGUGUCAAAAUUAAGACAAAUUCGAGCUGAUUUAAUGAUGCUACCCUUCCAAGCUGUUGAUUGUUUAUUAGCAAAUGUUCAACCAGCAAAUGGUUCUUUACAAUGGUCAAAUGAAGCAGAUGAGUGUUUGCGACAUUUAACAUAUGGUCGCUUGUUGCAAGUUCAAAUUUAUGGUUUUCUUGAUGACGUCCCACUUGUGCACUUGUAUGUUACAUUAGCAACAAAUCAAGUGAUGUUUGUAAAUCAAGAAUUAGUUGCUCGUGGCUUUGCAGAAUGGGUUGAAACGGAUGCAUAAGAAUUCUGUCGAUUUUAAGGAAAUUAUUUAUAACUUAUUUUAAAACGCAUUGUGUAUGCUGAAAUAUGUUGAUUUGUUACACAUAAACUUUUAUAAGUUUUUAGCUUAGGCAUUUUUUGGAAUAUUUUACAUUCUCAGAAAAUGUCAUAAUUGCAUGUUUGAUACAUUAUAUUUCUUAUAAAAUCAACAAGCACCUACACAAGAAGUCAUGUAAUUAAAAUUGUAUAUAUUUUAAUGAAUGUAUAAAUUAGGUAAUAUAUUUACAAAUAAUAUAAUUAGUUAUUAAUCUGUAAUUGAGUACCCAGUGAAAAAUAGAUCAAUUGUAAAUAACUUAUUUUUCAUAACAAAAACUAUUUUUAUAUAUUUUAAAACUGAUGAAAAUUCUAAGUAAUGGUUUUGAUUCAAAAAAUGCAGUGAAGUUUCACAUACAGCCUAUGUAUGCCUUCAUUGCACAAAAAAAUGAAUGCUACCAAUUAUCAAGUUUAGUGGCAACAUUAAAGUGAAUUAGUUAAUUUAAGAUGAAAUGUACAUACAUAUUAGAUAGAUAAGGUUUCUGAUUAAGGUUUAGUCUAGAGUAAGGCAGUGAGGAUUUGUUUGUCAUAAAAUUAGUUUCUUAACCAUAAAACAUUUUAAUAUUCAUCAUUUGUUACUGGUAGGAACUAGCCUUUUAUUAAACGGGUUGUAGUUUGUAGUUUUUAAAAUUAUCUUCAAAUUUGACAGAACUUUCCACAUAUGUACAUGUGUAACUAAUGUUAUAUUUGUACUUAUUGGUUAUAUGCUAUGUUAUUUACAAAUCCUAACAUUAUUGACUUAGAUUAAACUAUAAUUAUGAAUUAUACUGUUAUGAUAAUAGAUUAGCGCAACUGUAAAUAUAUUUAUAUACUAUUUUGUUAAUUUCAUGAUUUUAUCCUAUAUAUAUAAGGUUAUUGUAAAAUUUUAGAAUGAACAAAAUCAUAUUUUAUUACAUUUUAUACACAAAUGAAACUGCAUAUACAGAUAUUAAUUGCAAAUUGAUAGUAAAACAAGAUAUUAAAAUUGUCCCUCACAUGUCUAUAUCAUUUUUAAUAGUUCAUAUUUUGUUUUAACGAGCAGAGUUGUGAACUUUCUAAAGCUAUGUUUUUGUGUUUAUAUUAUUUAGUUCUAAAAUAGUAUUGUUUAUGUAUAUGUGAGUGA